AUGCGAUUAACAUAGAAAUGCUGUAUGUAAAAUGUUUGUGAUGCUCAUGUAACGAUAAUCUAAUUAAGGAAAACAGAAACCAAAUCUGGGUCAUUGAUUCAAGCUUGUUCCCUCUCCCUCUCCCUGGAGGGCCAAGCAACGUAACCAGAAACUACGAAGCAUGCAACAAAACCAAACAGAAAAACUUCUCUUACACGAAACCACCCCAUAAUUCAUCCCAAAUAAUAUUCUUUCCCUCUCCGGUUCCCUCUGAAACUCUCACAAUUCCAUAGAGAGAGAGAAAGAGAGGGGGAGGAAGAGAGCAAGGAGAGAAAUAUUGCAGCAAAGAUUAUCCUAUUGAAGGUGAUGAUCCAAUGCGCUCGCUUCUCUUUCACCUUAGAUAUAAAAAAGGGAAAACAGAGCAAAACAGAGAGAAAAUAGCACAAAUUAGAGCAAAUCGCAUUUGAUUUCAAUGCAAUUAUCAUUCUUAAUCCUUCAGAAUCUUUCAUGGGUAUUCUUGAUUUUCCCAAUUUUCUUCUUUUUGUCUUCCUCUGCUGCACGUAACUCUGAAAUCCAACUUACCUGUGGUUCCCUGACGGACGACCUCAAUUCCACCGUCUCCACGUCUUUCGUUCCGAAUUUUGUUAAAGUCAUGGAAUCUAUCCAACAACAAGUGUCUAGUAGAAACUGGGGACAUUCUGCUGUUACCUGGCCAUUGCCUCAGGUCCAUGCCUUAGCCCAAUGCCACAGUGAUCUCUCUAGCCUUGAUUGCAAACUCUGUUUUAGCCAGGGCAGAGUAAAGCUCCCACGUUGCCUCCCUAGCACUGCUGCUCGUAUCUUUCUUGAUGGCUGCUUUCUUCGUUACGAUAAUUACAGCUUCCUCCAUGAAUCCAUCGACCCUAAAUAUGAUAAUGUGAACUGUAGCCAUCCAACAGGUGUUUUGAUAGAUAGCUCUUUGCAUAUGGAUUUUAGGAAAAAGGUUGCAGAAGUGAUCACGAAUGUCACUGAGAAAGCCCUCCUUAAUGGAACUUUUGCCACUGUGGUGGCAAAAGGAGGAGAUGUUCCAGCUUAUGCAUUGGCUCAGUGUUGGAAUUCGCUUACCUAUGGGGAGUGCAGAGAUUGCUUGGUCAAGGCAGGCUCACAAUUGAAGGGGUGUGCUCCUGGGGCACAGGGCCAGGCUCUGUUUACCGGUUGUUAUAUGAGAUAUUCUACUGAGAGAUUCUUUAACACCAGCUCAGAAGCAGCAGAUCAACAUGGCACUAAAGCUGGCAUAAUAGCAGCAAUUGCUUUAGCAGCAGCCGCCUUCAUUGUGCUGGCUUCCUUCGGUGCUUUUAUUGGGUAUGAGAGAUUAUCAAAGAGGAGAGAAAAACAAAACAACAUCAGGGGCCUUUCAACCAGGUCUAAUUUGAACUUCAAGUAUGAAGUGCUUGAGAAGGCAACCAAUUUUUUCAGCAAUGAAAUGAAACUAGGCCAAGGAGGAGCCGGUUCUGUAUUUAAAGGAAAUCUACCAGAUGGAAGAACGGUUGCAGUUAAGAGAUUGGUCUAUAAUACACGGCAAUGGGUUGAUCAGUUCUUUAAUGAAGUGAACUUGAUUAGUGAUAUUCAACACAAAAAUCUUGUAAGACUUCUGGGUUGCAGUAUUGAAGGCCCUGAAAGCCUUCUUGUUUAUGAAUAUGUACCCAACAGGAGCCUUGAUCAAAUUCUUUUCAUGAAUAACACAAUACAUAUUCUAAGCUGGCAGCAGCGGUAUAAUAUCAUCCUUGGAACAGCAGAAGGGCUUGCAUAUCUUCAUGGAGGUUCAGGAGUAAAGAUUAUUCACAGAGACAUAAAAACCAGUAACAUUCUCCUCGAUGAGAUGCUUACUCCAAAGAUUGCUGAUUUUGGACUUGCUCGUUGCUUUGCUACCGAUAAUACUCAUAUUAGCACUGGCAUUGCAGGAACACUGGGCUAUAUGGCUCCUGAGUAUCUUAUUCGAGGACAGCUAACAGAAAAGGCAGAUGUUUAUGGUUUUGGUGUUCUCGUCCUGGAGAUUUCUACUGGCAAAAAGAACAGCAUUUACUCACAGGGAUCCAAUUCAAUUUUGCACUCUGUUUGGAAGCAUUACAAGGCAAAAACAGUUGCUCUAGCCAUAGAUCCUAGGCUUACAGAUAGACAUCCUGGGAAAGAUGCAGAAAAUGUACUUCAAAUAGGACUUCUAUGUACACAAGCUUCUGCUUCACUAAGACCGUCCAUGGCUGAAGUAGUUCAGAUGCUAACCAAUAGAGAAUACGAAAUCCCUUCGCCAAAGCAACCUCCAUUCUUGAAUGCUAGUGUGCUUAGUGCAGAUGACUCCACUCCAAACUCUAUUACAAAAGUUUCACUUACAAAGAGUUCUUCCAUGACCAUAAAUCGGCAAGUACUAACCCGACUGCCCUCAUAUGGCACCCAAGAUUCAUUCGUUAAGGCUAGCCUCGGAUGGAAUAGUGCUUCAGUAGAAAAGUCUGAGCCAAGAUAGCAUCAAUUUCAUAGCCUUCCAAGUUUUUGAAAAAGGACCACUGUAUAGUGUAUAUUCAAGAAAUGCAAGUCAAGAAACAGGCCUCUUUGUGGUGCCUGAAGUGGGUUGCAAAAGAAUUGAUCGAGCAAGAAAAUCUGCGAGUGAAGAAUGAGGUGUUGAAGCCAUUGAAGUUGAAGGUUUCUUGCACAUAAAAUGGAAAGACAAGGUUGGUUCAUCAUGUAGAGAUGCUUAACUGCUUAUGAUACCUGAAAUUUUCCAUGGAGGGGGAAGAUUCACAUAGGUUUUUCUUUUAUUUUUUUUCAAACAAAACCUCAUAUAUUUUUUGGGUUAUUUUCCCCUAAUUAAA